CCAUCCGGUCAAAUUCAUGUGAAACAAAAACUAAAAAUGUCAAUGUAGUCAUUAAAUCAUCAAAAAAUACAAAUGAAGAGGUUCAUAAGAACCAGUAUAUAUUAGAUGUUAAUGUUAAAAAACUUAGCACUGGCAAAUUUCAAUGUAAAAUUUGUAAAUGUUCUUUAACAAGACGUGAUCACAUGUUGCUACAUGUAAAAGGAAAGCAACAUGUUGCAGCCAUUGUAGCACUAAAACAAUCAAAGAAACAACAAAGUAAUUUAAAAUUAUCUGAGAUUAAAAUUUGUUCAGAAGAGAGUAAACAAACAUUAUCGAGCCAUGAAAUCCUUUCUAGAUGUGACACAAUUUUUUAUGUAGUGCGUAAUAGAAAAAUGAAUUCAAUACAUGAUUAUUUACAACAUAUUAAUGGAAAGUGUCAAUCAAUCAAGUGGCAACUAAUCAGGGAAUAAAUUCAAAGGACAAUGCAGAUGAAAAUAAUGUAGAAAAUUCUGAAAGAAAUGUAAAUACAAGUUUAAAGCCAAUAACUAGCAAUUUUAAAAAUGAAAUAGAUGAUAAUAAUGAUCUAUUUGUACAUAUUAGCACAGAAACUCAUAAAAAUACUUACUUUCAUAAUUGUUCCAAAGAUGGUAUGAUUUUGUACAAAUGUAUAUGGUGUCAAUCAAUAAUACAGGAAAAUUCUUCAAUUGUUCAACAUUUAAAACAGAAGACUCAUUUAAUAAAUUUAAGCAAUGCUUUGAAACACAUGAAAGUAGAAACAACCAGAACUGUUUGAAAGAAAUGUGCUUCUUAUGCUUCGAUAGUUUAAACAUUAGAUUUUUAAGUAAUAUAAGAACUAAUAUUGUCUAUCUGUGUUCAAUUUGCAGUUAAAAAAUGGCCGGUAUUCACAGUUUAAUUCAACAUUAUAAAAAAAAAAUGCAUUUACCGCAAAUUGAACUGUUUUUACGUGACCAAGAGAAUAAGGAUAAUGUCGAUAUUAAGAUAUCACCAUUAACAGAUACUUUUAACAAACUAUCUAUUACUGAUAACAAAUCUCAAAGUUCAAAUGUAUGUGAUAAAGACUUGAUUGUACCAAAGAAUAUACAUGAACAGCUUAUGAAGGAGAUUAAUUCUUCAUGUAUUGUUAGUAACACUAAAAACAAAGCAAAGCGUAAAAAAGCUACAUUAAGUGAAUAUUUAAACAAAUUUUACUGUUUAGAGUAUCUUGAACUUGAAAAGCAAAUGUAUACCUUAACAGAGGAGAAAAUUAAUGACAUUAAAUUUUAUUUUAAAUUUAUUAUUCAACAUGACACAGACAACUUUUUCUGCAUAGCCUGUAAAACACAAGUUUCAAAGGAAUUAUAUUUGUUAUAUGAACACACUCGUAUGUUGGCACAUAAAGCACAUAUUGCCCAAAUUCAAGUUGAUGGCAGUAACAAAGAUUGGAUAGAACAAUAUGUGAGAAUGUUUGCAAAAGAAACUAUAAAAUGUUAUGUUUGUAAUAUUAAAUUCGCAAAUAAUUUAAAUAAUUUUAGUACUCAUAUUAAAAGCAAAGCGCACAAACUAAAUCAUAAAGAAUGUCGUACACGCAUAAGUAGUACUAUUGAUUCUAUAUUGGAAGAUUUCAGUAAUUUAUAUUAUAGUAUACAAAGAUUUGCUUGCGUUAUAUGCGAAAAGAAUACAAGAUAUAAGAUAGAAUUCAUGGAACAUAUUGUAAAAGAACACAAAAACCUACAACAUUGUAAAUUUGACUUCUGUAUUCCUUGUGCUACCUUGUGGUUGAGUACAUCAAAUUCAUAUGAGAAUCACUGUAGUGAUGUAAUACACAAAUAUUUACUAAAAAGUAAAGAUUUUAUGGUCGAGGACCUCCCUGAAUGUAUGAAAAAAUUGUUAACAGAAGUUGAUAGUACUGUGAAAAUUUUAUUCGAACAAACAAAAGUUGUAACAAAGGACAAUAUUCAAGAGAAGGUGAGAAAAUCUUUGGAAACUAGAGCAAAAACAUUCUCUCCAAAAGCUAGAGCAUUUUUAUUUGGUUCCCGAAUGAUUGGAAUUGGAUUUACAAAUAGUGACAUAGACAUAUACAUUGAUUGUGAAAAUACAUAUUAUGGAAACAAGAAGGAGGUAUUAAGAGAUCUUCUAAACAUGGAAAAAGCUAUAUGCACAGAAGAUGUUUGGUUAAUAAAAGAAACAUUAACAGAAUGUCAAGUGCCUAUAAUAAAAUUAAUAUAUAAACCAAGACACUUAGACUGCGAUAUUUCAUUUAAAGAUGGCCUUGCGGUGGAAAAAUCGAAGCUUUUACGAUCAUAUUACGUUGCGUGUCCACCUUGCAAAAAAUUGACGUUAUUUGUAAAGAAAUGGUUUUCCUUUUCCAAUUUACCCGAAGGUCAUGGUUUAAUCAAUUAUGCACUUUAUUGGCUUGUUAUAUUUUACCUACAAACACAGUCACAUUUACCAAGCGUCGCUAAAUUAAUAAAAAAAAAGAAUAAAUCUAAAUUUCUGGAUGAUUGGGAAAUUGGAUUUGCAUCACCUAAAUGUAAAGAUAUGCAUGUACACACUAUAACAGAAUUGUUACAAGAAUUUUUCGAAUAUUAUGCAAAUUUUGACUAUCAAAAUUACAUUGUAUGCCCACUUAUGGGCUUUUUAAUUCCUAAAAAAUGUUUUUCAUCGAAAGUUUUACCCUUGGAAAUGCAACCUUACAUCGAACAUUUGAAAACAUCUACGAAAUGCCAAUUUUUGCGGAUUGAUUCAUCAUUGUGUAUACAAGAUCCGCUGGAACUAUCUCAGAAUCUUACGAAGGGCGUGACUAGCAUUACUUUAAAAUACUUUAAACGAUACUGUCAAGAUAGUGCAGCAAUACUGAAAUCUAAAAUGUAAAAACUACUUUAUACUGAAAUGCGAUUUUUAUGUAAUACAGCUGUAAGAAAAUCAGAAUCAUUUUAAUUUAUCUAAGAUUUAUUAGAAUACACAAUAGAUUGAAGUACCUGUUAAAUAGAUAUUCAAAACUGCGUAAAAUCAAUAAUUUCUUACAUAUACUAAGUUUAUUUUGGAUACUAGUAAAAUGCUACUAGUUUUUAUUAUUUUUUAAAGUAUUACAGACUUUUUAUUUUAUUUUAUCAAAUUUUCAUUUAAUAGAAAAAUUGUAUUAAUGAUUGAUGUUCCGUAAUUAAAUAGUUUUAGGAAUUAA